UGAGCCAUGGCGCCGCGCGCCGCACACUGCGAUUUCCAUCUCCUCUGGCUCGAGGCGCACCCCCGGGCGGGUCGUGCGCGCCGGAGAAGAAAAUCCGGCAGCUCGGGAGGAGCGGCGUGAGCGAUCGAGCAUAUUUGGAGGCAUGGAUGCCAUGGCGCGUGCCGUCAUCCGUGCUUCCACUCCAGCUUCCUCUUCCUCCGGCUGCAAAAUGGGGAUCACAUCGCAUGGAGCUUAUCAGGACGACAAUCCCAUCGAUUUCGCGCUCCCCCUCCUCAUGGUCCAAAUGUGUAUCGUCCUGGCGCUCACUCGCUCGCUGGCGAUCGUGAUGAAGCCGCUGAGGCAGCCGAGAGUAGUGGCGGAGAUCAUUGGAGGGAUUCUCCUUGGUCCAUCGGCAUUCGGCAGGAAGCAAAGCUACAUAAACAAGAUCUUUCCAUCCAAGAGCAUCACAGUCCUGGAAACUUUCGCCAACCUGGGACUGAUUUUCUUCCUCUUCAUGGUCGGCCUGGAGCUCGACUUAACAGCAGUGAUGCGUACAGGGAGGCAGGCUCUGGUGAUAGCCGCGGCUGGGAUAACUACCCCAUUUGCCACCGGAGUGGGAGUCUCAGUAGUUCUUCGCAACACCAUCUCCAAGGAAGGCAAGUUCAGUGCUUUUCUCGUCUUCAUGGGGGUGGCCAUGUCGAUCACGGCGUUCCCGGUGCUGGCACGUAUUCUCGCAGAGAGGAAACUCUUGACUACCGACGUUGGCCAGAUAGCAAUGUCCGCAGCAGCAGUGAACGAUGUGGUGGCUUGGAUUUUGCUGGCACUGGCAGUAGCUCUCUCCGGCACCGAUACGAGCCCGACAGUCGCUAUAUGGGUGCUGCUUACAGGCCUGGCAUAUCUGGUGAUCAUGUUUACGGUGGUCCGACGCUUUAUGACUUGGGUGGCACAUCACGUUACUGAGAACGAGCCCGUGAAGGAGCUCUACGUGUGCAUCACUUUUGCCGGGGUUCUCGCUUCGGCCUUUGCGACGGAUGUUAUUGGGAUCCAUUCCAUUUUCGGGGCGUUUGUUUUCGGCUUGAUCAUCCCGAAAGAUGGCCCGCUGGCUAAGAUUGUUAUCGAGAAGGUGGAGGACUUUGUCAUCGUACUGAUGCUGCCUUUAUACUUCGUUUCCAGUGGAUUGAAGACAAACAUCCAGUCUAUACAUGGAGCUAAGUCGGGGGGCCUCACUGUUUUGGUUAUUGCGUCGGCUUGCCUUGGAAAGAUCGUCGGCACUUUUGUUCCGGCUGUGGUCUAUGGAAUCAAUCCCAGGAAGGCGAUGACUUUGGGAUUUCUUAUGAACACGAAGGGACUGGUGGAGCUGAUCGUGCUCAACAUUGGAAAAGAGAGAGGGGUGUUGAACGAAGAAACAUUUGCAAUCAUGGUGAUCAUGGCGUUAUUCACGACUUUUAUCACGACUCCAAUAGUGAUGGCGUUGUACAAACCCGCGAGGACUCCCAUCCCAUACACGUUGCGAAAGCUGGAGAUGUGCACAGUGAAUGACGAGCUCCGGGUGGUGGCAUGCGUCCAUGGGAUAAAAAACGUGCCCGGUAUCAUCAGCCUGGUGGAUCAAGCAAGGGGAAGAAGCAGGCACUCGAUGCGGCUCUACAUACUCCACCUCGUGGAGCUGUCGGAGAGGUCAUCGGCUAUUGUGAUGGUACACACGGCAAGGAAGAAUGGCCGUCUCACCAAGAGCGCACGGGGCGAGAACCACAUCUACGUUGCUUUCGAGGCCUUCGGUCAUCUCAGCGAAGUUAAGGUCCGGCCAAUGACAGUCGUCUCCAAUUUCUCCGACAUGCACGACGAUAUCUGUGCAACGGCAGCUGACAAGCGGGCAGCCGUGCUGAUCCUGCCUUUCCACAAGAUCCGCAGGGCCGACGGGGUUCUAGAGACGCUAAACACAGGAUUCCAGUUUGUCAACGACCAAGUCUUGCAGCACGCGCCAUGCUCGGUCGGGAUCUUCAUAGACAGGGGGCUCUCGGACGUGUACCACGCACCCGUGCAGCUGGUUCCCAAAAGCGUCUCCCACAGCGUGGCGGUGUUUUUCUUUGGGGGGCCGGACGAUCGCGAGGCCUUGGCGAUGGGAUGCAGAAUGGCCGAGCAUCCGGGAGUGAAAGUCAAGGUGAUACAUUUCCUCUCCUGCUCCGACGGAGAAGUCGUCACUCGCAGGAAGUCGAUCGUCAUCUCGACUCGAAAGACGAGCAGGAAGUCCAUCUUCCAGAGGGAAGGCGAGCAGCACCACUACCACGUCGAUCUGGAGGGAGUCGACCUUGAGAAGGAGAAGCAAAUCGACAUCGACACCAUCGCUGCGCUCCGGGAGGAGGACAAGCAAGGGAUCCUGUACGAGCAAGUGCCAGUGGGGGACCCGAUCGACGCAGUGAUGGACACCGUGAGGAACUGCGAAUACAAUCUCGUCAUCGUUGGCCGGGCUCGGGUACCAUGCAGAUUGAUCGCGAGCUUGAACAACUUGGCGCUCGAGUACGAGGAGCUGGGGCCGAUUGGGAGUGUCUUGGCCUCGUCGGAUCCAAGUAUCAAGGCCUCGGUCCUGGUGAUGCAGCAGUACACGAAUAAGAACGAGCCCGUCAACCCCGUGCAUCCAACUCCCAUCACGUCCCCAGAGGUGCCAUGAAAGUUACUACUCUCACAGGCUGAUCAAUCAAUCUCUCCGACUCGGGCUCUCUCGGAGAGCUAUGAUCGAUCCACUGAGAGUUUGCUCUAUUCAUGUUAUAAGAGCUGGUUACACCACGAGCUCAAAAGGUGGAGCCACAAACUUUUGUCUUCCAGUGGUUUUCUACUCUUGGCCAUUGGAGAGUUUGUGAAUAUUUCGUUAGAUGUAUUAACUCCUUGAUAUAUCCUCCAUGUAUAGCUAAAUCCCGAGAAAAAAUUAUGCUUCUUGUCUA